AUGGUCGCUCGCACUUUCUUCAUUGGCGGUAACUUCAAGAUGAACGGCUCGGUCGAGUCGAUCAAGGCUAUCGUUGACGGCCUCAACGCUGCCAACCUUGACGGUGUCAACGAGGUCGUCAUCGCUCCCCCUGCCCUGUACCUCCUCGACGUUGUGCGCAACGCCAAGGCGCCCGUCCAGGUCGCUGCCCAGAACUCGUACUCGGAGGCCUCGGGCGCCUACACUGGCGAGAUUGCCCCCCAGCAGCUGCACGACGCCGGCGUCCCCUGGGUCAUCCUCGGCCACUCGGAGCGCCGCUCGCUCUUUGGCGACUCGGACAAGGUCGUCGCCGACAAGGUCAAGGCCGCGCUCGCCGCGGGCCUCAAGGUCAUUGCCUGCAUUGGCGAGACCCUCGAGGAGCGCGAGACCGGCGUGACCAACCAGGUGUGCCAGCGCCAGCUCGAGGCCAUCGCCGCCGUCCUCGAGGACAAGGACUGGAAGGACAUUGUCGUCGCCUACGAGCCCGUCUGGGCCAUUGGCACCGGCAAGGUCGCCACCGUCCAGCAGGCCCAGGACGUGCACGCCGACACCCGCGCGUGGCUCGCCAAGCGCGUCUCGCCCGCCGUCGCCGAGGCCACCCGUAUCAUCUACGGCGGCUCGGUCAACGGCAAGAACUGCGGCGAGCUCGGCGGCGCGGUCGACAUUGACGGCUUCCUCGUCGGCGGCGCCUCGCUCAAGCCCGAGUUCAUCGAGAUCUGCAAGACCCACAAGGCCUAG